CCAUAAGUUCUUUAUUUGGUAAUUUUGUUCACUAGCACAGUGUUUCUCUGUCAGGCAACAGACUGCCUGCAACAUGGUGGCUAAAAACAAGGAACCCUUGAACCUGGCAGAUUAUUUAACAGACUAUUUGAGCCUUCAAAUAAAUGCAACUGCACCGACAAGAAGCAUCUUUCCACUGACGCCUGAAGACCCGUAUUUGAAAUUGCGUUCCCAAGAUCCCAUGGUUAUACUCGGAGAACGGAGCUUCGGAUCUCCAAAGGAGAUAAGUGAGGACACCAUCGGGACACCUAUCCAGGAGUUUUACCGGGGAGUGGAUGUGUUUAUUACGGGUGCUACGGGAUUCAUCGGCAAGAUACUAACUGAAAAGUUAAUCAGGUCAAUCCCACACCUCGGUCACAUUUAUCUCUUGAUACGAAGUAAGCGCGAGAAAACUUCUGAGGAAAGGUUUAGUGAACUGUUACAAGAUAAGGUUUUCUCCAGGAUGAAAGCAGAGGUACCCCAUUACCUGAGUAAAAUAAAAGUGGUGUCCGGAGAUAUAAUGGAACCCGGUCUGGGCCUAAGCAAGAAGGACCGCCAGCUUCUGCUAGAGCGGGUAAGCGUGGUGUUCCAUGGUGCGGCCAAAGUCUCCUUCACUGAGCCUCUCAGAAACGCCAUCACUUCUAUCGUCUUGGGCAGUCAGAGGGUCCUCGAACUAGCGAAGGAGAUGAAGCACCUCAAAGCAUACAUCCACGUUUCCACCGCAUUCAGCCAAUGUGUAAAAAGGGUGGUAGAGGAGACAGUUCCUAUGAUGAGUAUCGACUACAAGAAAAUCAUCAAUUACAUUGAAUCGAAAACUGACGAUGAACUCCUAAAACACACUCCAAGAUUGCUCCAAGGGUGGGUAAACACAUACGUGUUCAGCAAAGCCAUGUGUGAAAGUAUGAUUCAGGAAGAAUACGGAUCACUGCCAAUCUGCGUUUUUCGCCCUUCUAUAGUACUGAGCACAUACAAGGAGCCUGUGCGAGGAUACAUAGAUAACCUGUAUGGACCCGUGGGUCUGCUGGUGGGCACUGGACAUGGUAUUAUCCACUGCUCCUUAAUGUCCAUGGAGAAUAAUAUGGAAUCGGUGCCGGUCGAUUACGCCGUCAACUGCAUGAUAGCCACCGCCUGGAGAACUUCCAUGAACAGGAACUCAACUUUAACCAGUGUGUACAACUUUACAACGACACCGAUAAAACCAAUACUGUGGAAGCAUCUGGUCGAGUUCGCUCUGCACGACAGAGAUCUCUGGCCAUUCAGCCGAGCAAUCUGGUACUCGUCCUUCAUCCCCACAGACAGUCCCCUUGUACACGAGAUUCUGUACUGGAUCCUCCAGAGAAUACCUGGAAUAUUCCUCGACAAAGUUAUCCAGUUGGCGGGAGGUGAACCCAUACUGGGUAAGAUAUACGGAAGGAUUUACAAUUUGACUGAGCACACGGGAUACUACGCCAGAAGAAACUGGGAGUUCAAAAAUGACAACGUGAUGUCUCUGUGGCGGGACCUGACUCCGGAGGACAAACAGCUGUUCAACUUCGACCUCAGAGAUGUGGACAUGAGAGAACAUUUAUUGGUGGGGAAGCUGGGAAUCAGGUAUUACUACCUGAAGGAGGAAAUGGAGAACAUACCAGCUUGCAUUCGGAGAAAUAACUACCUACGGUGGCUCCACAGGACCACAAAAGCAGCCUUCGGUUUGGUGGUUCUAAAACUGCUGGUGGUCACCGCCAGAGCUCUUCCUUUUUAAGGUUUUAUUACCAAUAAAGCAUUUUUGGACACCACAUUAUAUUUUUUCUACGGAAAAUAGAUUUUGAAAUAUUAUAAUGAUAUUCAUCUAUGUAGUAUAUCGGUAUUGUUUACUCUGUUACAUUCCUGUUACAUUUUUUACACAAAAUUAACAUAUCCUAUAACAUUAAAAUGCUGAAGAGCUAUUCAUGUUCUUUAUUAGAUGGUUUCCUGCCUACUGUUUCAAUGAGUAAAACAUAUACAAAAUCA